AAACCUGCUGGAUAGAGACACGUUCUCCAAGUCCGAUCCAAUCUGUGUCCUGUACACUCAAGGAAUAGCCAACAGGGAAUGGAGAGAGUUUGGGCGGACAGAAGUCAUAGACAACACCCUGAACCCUGACUUUGUGCGCAAAUUCAUCCUGGACUAUUUCUUUGAAGAGAGGCAGAAUCUUCGCUUUGACCUGUAUGAUUUAGACUGCAAGAGCGACAACCUCUCUAAACAUGAUUUCCUGGGCCAGGCUUUCUGCACUUUGGGUGAAAUCGUUGGCUCCCUGGGAAGCCGUGUAGAAAAACCUUUGAUAGGAAUCCCAAGUAAAAAAUGUGGGACCAUCAUAGUAAGAGCAGAGGAGCUGAGCAACUGCAGGGAAUCAGUGAUGCUCCAGUUUUGCGGCAACAAGCUGGAUAAGAAAGACUUCUUUGGAAAGUCGGAUCCUUUUCUAGUUUUUUACCGCAGUAAUGAAGACGGAUCGUAUACUAUCUGCCACAAGACAGAAGUGGUGAAGAAUACUCUGGAUCCAGUGUGGCAGGCUUUUAAAAUUCCUGUCAGGGCGCUGUGCAACGGAGACUAUGACAGGAGCAUUAAAGUUGAGGUGUAUGACUGGGACAGAGAUGGAGGCCACGACUUUAUUGGCGAGUUCAGCACCAGCUACAGAGAAAUGUCCAGAAGCCAGUCACAGUUCCAUAUCUAUGAGGUUCUCAAUCCCAAAAAGAAAGGAAAGAAGAAAAAGAAGUACCUAAACUCAGGAACG